AUGUACUACCAGCAACCGGCGCAACCCGUCUACAUCCAGCAGGCGCCUCCUCCGCAGCAGGAGUCGAGCUGCUGUGGGACCUGCUGCAAGGUUCUACUGUGCUGCUGCAUCUUCCAGAUGUGCGCAGACAUGUGCUGUGGCUAA